CAACCGAUUAGGAAUUGUAACAAAUAUUUAUUAUCACUAUUUUUUCAUCAAUUGAUUAUUCAAACAAAAAAAGUGAUUAUCAAUUGUAUGAUCCAUCGGAACGUCAUGUCAUUGAUUGUAUCGUCGGUAUUGUUGUUGAUGUUAUUGUUAUCAAUAACUUCUAUGGGAUGGUCGGUAUCGGCGACGACGGCAACUCAUGUGAGUCUACAACAUCAACAACAACCACAACAUCAUCAUCAGCGCCAACACCACAGUCAUCACCAAUUGGUUCGGCGACAGGUUAUGACAGCCGAGUGUAAUCAGACCGCAGAAAAAGUGGGCAAAUGUUUUCAGAAGAGAUGGCGUCUUAUGUAUAAUCAAUGGGAAUCAGAGACAGUCAAUCCAAAUGGCUGUUGUUUUAUACUGGAAGUCCACUGUGCAUUCAAACCGUGGAUCAAACAGUGUCUGAACAGUACAGCAGAGGAUCAGUAUAACAAAGAAAUGAAAAAGUGUAGCGACAAUGGAUUUACGGCCAACGAUGCCAACUGUAUGGCAUUGAAUCCCAAUGAAUCAGUUGACAAAUGUAAAGAGUUUUCCCAAUGUUUUCUGGUCAGACCUAUUAGCAGUUCCUCAGCAACACUUGGACUACCAUUACUAUUGAUUUCUGUUAUCGACGUUAUUGUCAUCAUUGUUGUUGUUAUCUCAUCGUCGGUUACUGUCUAUUGA